UUCACAUUCCGUUACAUCGUUUAAAAAAAAAAGAUUUCAGUUCAGUUUAAAUACUCUAAUUAAAAAGUACAAAAGAUAGGAUAUAUAAUUAUAAAAGAAAUAAAAUAUUUAAAAAUAAGUUAUAUACUUUCACAAAACGAGAUUAUGUAUUUUUAUUCAUAUUCAUGGGUUUAUGACGCGAAACUAUUUCGAGCUACUCGCGAUUAUACUCGAUUGUGCAAUUGAUUUAAUCGCGUUUACGUUCAAUCGCGUGGUCAGUGAUCGAUAAUGACAAGAGGCUAUGCUGACGUUCGAUCUUUUAUCGACACUUCUAAUUUUGUCAGGCAUUCGUACUGCCGGCGACGGUCUCGAUUGGGACUCUCCGAGCUCGCCCGCGUCAGCUGUAAUUACGAAAGAUAUCCACGGACGCGCCUCGUAUGUGGAGCCAGUUUUUUACGGAGGUUACGUGCAGCCACCGCAACGCCGUCUUCUCGAGCAUCCGCGUAGGGCCAAGCAGGUAUACCACAGCUACGAUUACAACUUUGCGCGAGGACACCGUCAACCUCGAAAAAAUAGGCUCGACGAGGGCAGACCUUAUCGUUCGUCGGCCGUGAAGAACGUCGAGGAUGAAGACGAGGAGGAAGAGGAGGAGGAGGAGGAGGAGGAGGAGGAAAAUCAGGGCGACGAAGAGGACAAGCUCGAUGAGGGCGCCGACGAAGAGGCUGCGGAGCAGGACGAGGAAGAAACGGUCGCGGUCGCCGCCGCCGCCGUCGCCGGGAAUCGCGUGGCGAGAUCUGGUUACGUGCCACUCGGGGGUGAGGCCGACAGGACACGUGUGAGACAGGAGGUGGUAAGGAUCCGAUCGGCCACCGAGGAAUGUGAGGACGAGCCGACGGAACCGUCGCAAUAUUACGAAUACGAGACCGAGGUGAAAAAUAUUGCUUCUCGAGAUGCCAGAUGCGACGAGUAUCGAGCGACACUUCCCGUGAAGGCCAUCGGCGUGAGUCUACUGAUUCUUCUGCUUGCCUAAGAAUUUCGGGUUUUGUAUAAGGCCUGUUUACGAAGAGGGAACAUUACGGCGACGUAUUCUACUGCGAAUGUGAGCAAUCGCGUGCAAUGCGCUGGAGUGUCGUAAUAAAUUUCUAUGAAUUUC